AUGAGAUUUUAUUUUCUGAAAACAUUUUAUAUUGUUGUCUUGCUUUCUUUGCUUGCCUCAGGAAGUACUGUGACAUUGAAAAACUCAAGCGAAAAUGGUGAAGCAAAUUGCAUAGAGAGGGAGAGGCAAGCACUCCUCAGCUUCAAAGAAGGUCUCAUAGAUGACUUUGGCAUGCUGUCCACUUGGACCAAUCAUCACAAUACUACAGAUUGCUGCAAAUGGAAACGCAUUCAAUGCAACCAUCGUACUGCUCAUGUAGUUCGGCUUGAUCUUCAUGGAAACAGCAAUUACUGGUUGAGAGGUGAAAUCAAUGUCACUUCAUUGAUCCGCUUGCAAUAUAUUGAACAUCUAGAUCUCAGCCAUAAUUUGUUUUUUGGGAUUUACAUCCCAGACUUCAUGGGCUUGGCCAACUUAAGAUACCUCGGUCUCUCCAAUUCUGACUUUGCGGGGAGGAUUCCUUCCAAAAUUGGUAAUCUUUCACAACUACGCUAUCUAAAUCUUAGGGACAAUUAUCUUUGGGGAGAAAUUCCUAUUCAAAUUGGGAAUCUCAAACUGUUACAGUAUCUCGAUCUUGGAGGCUUUUUUCUUUCCGGAAAAAUCCCAUCUCAAAUUGUGAAUCUCAGCAAGCUACAAUAUCUCAGUCUUGGAUGUAAUUAUGGAAGGAAUAUGGUACACAAUGUUUCAAAUUCUCUUUCCGGAGCAAUCCCUUUUCACAUUGGGAAUCUUCCAUUUUUGCAUACUCUUCGGCUGGGUGGCAAUUUUGAUAUAAAAUCUAAGGAUGCACAGUGGUUAUCUUCUCUCCAUUCCUUGACCGUUCUUGAACUCACUUCAUUGCAUAAUCUUGGCUCCUCUCGCCAGUGGCUACAAACUAUCAGUAAGAUCCUUCAAAACUUAAGGGAGCUGAGGCUAGUUGAUUGUAAUCUUGUAGAUAAUGAUAUUCAAUCUUUGUUUCACUCUCAUUCUUCCAACUACUCCCUUUCUCUUGCUCUUCUAGACCUCUCUUCUAAUAUGUUGACAUCAUCAACACUUCAACUCCUGUUUAACAUUAGCCUUCAUCUUCGAGAGCUUUAUCUUCCUCAAAAUAGUAUUUCUUUGUCACCUUCUCUGUGUCUAAAUUUUCCAUCUCUUAAGAUCCUUGACCUCUCUUAUGUUAGACUAGCAUCAUCAAUGUUUCUAGGUAAUUUUAAUAUCAGCUCCAAACUGCAAGAGCUUCAUCUACGAAGCAGCGGUCUUAUAGAUAGCAGUUUCCUUAUUUCAUCUACUUCCACAAUGAAUUCUUUGUCCUCUCUUCUCCACAUUGAUCUCUCCAAUAACUUGUUGAGAUCAUACUCUAUAUUUCACUGGCUUUCUAAUUUCACUACCAAUCUUCGUACACUUCACCUUGAUUAUAAUUUCUUGGAAGGUUCCAUUCCAGAUGAAUUUGGGAAAUCGAUGAACUCUCUUGAAUAUCUUUAUCUCUCUAAUAACAAACUACAAGGAAAGGUUCCAUCUUUAUUUGGGAGCAUGUGCAGGUUACAGUUAUUAGACCUCUCAUAUAACAAGUUGAAUGGUGAAUUUCCGUGCUUCAUUCAAAAUUCUUCAUGGUGCAGUAGACUCAUAUUUAUGUUAUUGGAGUUAUCUUAUAACUAAAUUAC